AUGUGCUGUCCGGUAAAAUUUCAGAGCAGCGAGAGUAAUUCCGAGACGGCGAUGCAGCAAGCGCCGAUGAUGGACAGCUGCUUCGACGUCCUCGCCAAGGUCGGCGAUGGCGCCUUCGGCGAAGUCUACAAGGGCAUCGACCGCCGGACCAACGAGAUAUGCGCCAUCAAGAUCAUCGACCUCGAGGCGGCGGAGGACGAGAUCGACGACAUCCAGAAGGAGAUUGCCGUGCUCUCGCAGUGCGCAUGUCCGCAGCUGACCAAGUACAAUGGCUCCUUCAUCGUGGGCACGAAGCUCUGGAUCAUCAUGGAGUACCUCGCGGGCGGCUCCGUCUUGGACCUCAUGUCGCCCGGGCCACUCAACGAAGUCUACAUUGCCAUCAUUUUGCACGAACUGCUCAAGGGCCUUGUGUAUUUGCACUCGGAGAAGAAGAUCCAUCGCGACGUCAAGGCCGCUAACAUCUUGCUCGCAGGCGAUGGCCGCGUCAAGCUCGCCGACUUUGGCGUCACGGGGCAGCUCACGGACACGAUGACAAAGCGAAACACCGUGGUGGGCACGCCGUUCUGGAUGGCGCCCGAAGUCAUCCAGCAAUCCAACUACGACUCCAAGGCAGACAUUUGGUCGGUCGGUAUCACCGCCAUCGAGAUGGCCAAGGGCGAACCACCCCACUCGUCGCUGCAUCCGAUGAAGGUGCUCUUUGUGAUCCCAAAGGACCCUCCGCCGACGCUCGAUGGCGACUUUUCGCCCAAGUUGAAGGACUUUGUCUCGGCGUGCCUCAAGAAGGACGCGGCCGAGCGACCGACGGCUCUCGAGUUGCUCAAGCACCCGUUCCUGACCUCACGCGUGGCCAAGGACGUGUCGUCGCUCACCGAGCUCAUCGAACGCGCCCAAAUCCAAGUCCACGCACCCAUCGACGAGUCGAACCGAAGCUUCUCGAGCGUCACGAGCUCGUCGGCGAAAGAGUCGCAUCUCGACUUUGACGACGGCUGGGACUUUGGCGCGACCGUGCGCCUCAACAAGGACGCCCUCUCGCCCAAGCCGCAGACGUCCAAAGCUGUCUUUCAGACAGCAGGCUUGGCCGCGUCCAUGCUCAGCGACGACGACCUCGGCGAGGUCCUCUUCGAAGAUGUGCUCAAGCCCGCUGUGUUUGAGACCGUCGAAGACACGGACGACGAAGAGACACAGGACGUGCUCCUCGAGCUUCUGCACUCGCUCGAGUCGCUCAGCGUCGACCAACCGCGGUUCAUGGGCAGCGUCCUGCGCAGAAUAUCGCGCGGCCUCCAGUCGCACGCCGACCCGCGCGUCCGAGCCUUCCACGCGUAA